AAAAGAUGAUUACUCAUCAAAAGUAAUGACAGCGCUGUGCAUGUAAAAUGCAUGCAGGGAUGCACUCUAGGCUGCAGGGUCCACGCAUCCUCUUGUGCUUGAGUGCGUGAGGAGCUUGCGUGUCUCAAGUGGGACGGGCAAAUAGGGAGGAAAAAACUCCGGCCCUAUCCACUUCUCCACUUUUAAUGAGCAGCUCGGAUCAUGCAGGAGUAAAAAAAAACAGUCCAGGUGGAAGCUUGACUCACUUGCAUGGAGACGUCAAACUAGUAGUGCGCAAGGAUAUUUCAUUGGUGACGCAGGGCUUCGCUGGCUCACUCAACUCAUCGGGACAUUUGAUCCACUGAACCAACACACCCCCAUCAUGAUGAGGACAUCAGUGACUGCCAUCUACCUUGUGCUCCUGUUGUCCUGCGCUUGUCAGGCCAAGCCGAAUGGAUCAAAGGGCAAGAAACCGAAGCAAGUCAUACCAGCCAUCGAGUGCGACGUCAGAGCGGGAAAGAUCAGCCUCCCGGAAUUCAUAGUCAAAUGUCCUGCGCACUGUAGGGAGACCAAGCAGCAGGUGUAUGGGACAGGUGUUUUCGCCUCCAUCUCCAGCAUCUGCAACGCCGCCAUCCACAGUGGCGUUAUCACCAAUUCAGGAGGAAAAGUGAUUGUGAGGAAAAUGGCAGGCCAGAACAUCUACAAAGGUAGCAACUCCAACGGCGUGCGCUCUCUGUCACUUCCGAAAUGGAGGGAAUCCUUUGUUGUCACAGAGGGGAAGCCCAAGAAAGGAGUGAUCUACCCUUCUACCCUUGACUUCGUUCCUUCAAGACCAACCUAUGUGAAGACAAUUCAAAAGGACAAAGCCCCCGCGGCAACCACAGCGCUUCCUCCAACAACAACGGCACCUGAGCCCACCACGACGAUGACCACACCUGAACCUGCCACUACCGCCGCCACCACCACUACCACCCAGGCUCCCACUACCACUACACCUCCUCCCCCACCGCCACCCACCACUGUCAAAGCUCGUGCUGCUGUGCACAGAGUCAGAGACGCAGGCAGCAGUCACCCGUACCUUGCCUCUGUAGCAGCUGCCAGUUCAAGACAAUCACAGAGUGCUCAAGGCAAGAGCCCCAGCCAAGUAUUCCGAGGGAGUGCCUAUCCGAAUAGAUUCCCGCAGCGUGCCAGUGCAGGUCUGCGCAGAGCUGAGCCUGUGCCGGCAGUGAGGAGACAGUUGGCCUCUCCAGUCGGACCAGCUUUGAACAGAGGUCAGGCGACCCAACAGGAGCGGACUCCAAUCGUGAGCCAAUCCAAUCCCGUUUUUCCCAGGAGGGACUGGGGCCCUCCGUCCUUCCCUCGUCCUGAGUGGUUCCCUGGAGCUAGACGAUCAUCAGAUGUUGUUUAUGCAGCUCCAGACUCAGGAUACACCUGGAGUGACUCAGACGCACCAGAGAUGACAGCUCAGGAUCACAGGCCUGAUAUCUCAGACUUUGAGCGCUGGUAUUAUAACAUUGGAUCAUACCUGUCCCGAGCCGCUGACUUGGAGGGCAACCGCCAAGCGCCGCUGGAUACAACCCAUACAAGAGUGGAGACAGUGGACACAUGGAGACCAGAUGCAAACCUUUACGAAUCAGGCUUCAGCGUGAGAGAGCAGGCACCUGCACCGAGAGCACCAGAACCCGUGUCACAGGGAGACCCAGACUGCAAGGUUGACUUGGUCUUCCUGAUGGACGGGAGCUGGAGCAUUGGGAAGCGUCGUUUUAAGAUCCAGAAGGACUUCCUGGCUGAGGUGGCUCAGGUCAUCAACGUCGGUGUGGCUGGACCCAUGAUGGGCGUCAUCCAAUAUGGGGAUGACCCUGUGACUGAGAUCAGCCUAAAGAGCUACUCGAACUCCAAAGACGUGAAAACGAGCAUCGCUAAGAUUGUGCAGAAGGGAGGCCUCUCCAAUGUGGGGAAGGCCCUCUCCUACAUCAACAAGUUCUACUUCAGUGAUGCCAACGGGAACCGAGGAGGAGCUCCCAACGUGGCGGUGGUGCUGGUGGACGGCUGGCCCACAGACAAGGUGGAGGAGGCGUCCCGGCUGGCGAGGGAGUCCGGCAUCAACAUCUUUUUUGUCACCAUUGAGGGUGCCGAUGACAACGAAAAGCAAAACCUGGUUGAGGCCAAUUUUGUGGACAAGGCUGUGUGUCGCACAAACGGCUUCUUCUCCAUGCCCGUGUCCAGCUGGUUCGCGCUGAGAAAAGCCUUGCAGCCUCUGGUGAAGCGAGUGUGCGACACGGACCGACUGGUGUGCAGCAAAACUUGCCUCAACGCCAACGACAUCGCCUUCGUCAUCGAUGGCUCCAGCAGCGUGGGUACGGGCAACUUCCGGACCGUGCUGCAGUUCGUGGCCAACAUCACACGAGAGUUCGAGAUCUCAGACACGGACACGCGAGUGGGCGCCGUGCAGUACACCUACGAGCAGAGGCUGGAGUUCGCCUUCGGUCAGCACAACAGCAAGGCCGAGCUGCUCAACGCCAUCAAACGCAUCAACUACUGGAGCGGAGGGACCAGCACGGGAGCAGCCAUCACCUACGCCGCAGAGCAACUCUUCAGCAAGUCCAAACCCAACAAACGCAAGAUUAUGAUCGUAAUCACGGAUGGACGCUCCUACGAUGAUGUCAGAGCACCAGCGCUGGCGGUCCAUAGUCAAGGCGUCAUCGCCUACUCCAUCGGCAUCGCCUGGGCCGCCCAGGACGAGCUGGAGUACAUCGCCACCGACCCCGACAAGGAGCACUCCUUCUUUGUGGACGAGUUUGACAACCUGUACAAAUUUGUGCCCAAGAUCGUCCAAAACAUCUGCCACGAGUUCAACUCCCAGCCCAGAAACUGAGGACGGGUGUAACAGGGGUCCAGGCGUCCUGGUCCUGGGCCGUCCUAACGGAACACUGACUGUAAAUUUACUCUUUCUGUUGGCCAGAUGUGCCACGUUGGCUGCAGCUCCCCGUAUUUGAACAGGGAGGGAUGUUCAUUUAGGCGGGGAUCGGGGGGUUUCGACAGAACAAAUCUUUGAGAAUCAGUGUUUGUUCCCAAAUCUAGCAGUGGUGCUGAUGAGAAAGAGACUGAGUGAUGUUUGUCAUAUGUGCUCGUAGGUCUUUGGUGUGAAUAAGAGCGCUAAUCCUCUUAGUGGCUCGAAAUGUUCCACCGCUCUCUAGUCACCUUUUAUGAACCGUAACAGUCCAAAUCCGGGGCGUCCGUUUGCAGCCCACGCCACAUUCUAAAAAUAUCAUUUAACAAUAAAACAACAACAGCAAAAAUGGAAAAAGAAUACAGGAAUAAAUCCAAAUAUUAACAGGAAAAAGCUCUAACUCAACAAGAAAUAGUUGUAACUUUAUGAGAAAGUAACAUCAUUUUAGCAGCAUCAAGUUCAAAUGUUAAAGAAAAAAGACUUUUUAAAAGUUGUUAUGAAAAGCAAACAAAACAACAAAUACGGUUGUUAUUUUUGGAAAAUUAGGUUGCAGACAAAGUGAUAACGUAUAUAAAGUCAAAAUAUCAUGGAAUAAUAGUUUAUAAUAACGAGAAGAAAAUUGACACGAAAGUUUAAAUAGUUGGGAAAGUUAAAUUUAAAAAAACAACAACAACAUACGAAAUGAAACACAGUUGUCAUUUUAUGAGAAUAAAGUUCAAAUUUUAAGAGAAUAAAGUCGCGUUCAACCGAGAAAAAAAGUCAAAAUUUUACAAGAAUGAACCGGUAGUAUGAAAAAUAAACAAUAUGAAAAAUAAUGUCAUUCUCGUAGCAUUGAGUUGAAAUAUUGAAGAAAAAAAUCAAGAAUAUAUAUUUUUUAAAGUUGUCAUAUUAUGAGAAAAAAACAAAGCAAAAAAACCCAAAAUAUUAUACAUUUUUUGAAAAUUAGGUUGGGGAAAAAGUGACAUUAUGGGAAUAAAGUCAUAAUAUUAUGAGAAGAACAUUUACAAAGAUGAUUUAUGAAGAACAAAUUUAAACAAAACAGCUUAAAUGGGGAAAAAAGAGCAAAGACCAAAGUUCCUACUAAUAAUACGCUUUUCCACCUAUAUCACAACGCUGACAUGCAGUUUUUCUUGAUAUCUAUAUAACUUCUUAGCAUAUCUACAUGCGUUUGCUUUGCAAAAUAUCAAAGUGGCCCUUGCAUCCUUUCAUUUUUUAGUAUGUUGCCCUCAGUAAAAAAGGUUUGGACACUCCUGCUCCUAAUGCUUUUUUUUUUAUUAUUAUAACCAAGAUCAGCUAUAGUGCAUAUACAAAAAAAUAAUUCAGUCCUCCUGGCUUCAUCCAAACACAACAAUUUGCAUUCUUCUUUCGGUAUUUUUUCUUUGACAAAAUAAACUCUUUCUUUACGACCUGUAAAGCCAAGAAGAUUGCGAUUUGUGUCCACAAUAACAAAGUGGCUUUUUUUUUUAUAUACACUCAGAAAAAACACUUACAACUACAGCAUACCUUUUAUCCUGUAUGCCAGGGUAUCUGUGGGGCCUUAAAAUGUCUAAAAUUCUCUUAAAAUCUCAAAGAAAUUUGAAAUUUUGAAAGGCCUUAAAAAUGUAUUAACAUUACUUGUAUUUAAAACGAAUGUAUAAACUUCAGCCUUGUUUCUAAAUGUUUUGAUUUUUGAGGAUGCAGUAACAUAGCUACAACAUAACAGAACUACGUAACAGAACUGAAGUACCUGGGCAGUAUGGAUGUGAAAAGGGUCUUAAAUUAUAUUCAAACCCUAAUGAGGAAGAAGCGGUAAAGAAAAUGGAUGGAUGGAUGGAUGAUCUUUUAAAAACUCCUACAUUUGACUGGUUGACACCUGCAGAGACUCUUGUAUGUAAAAUGCUAAUGCACCUCCCAAUUGUACUACCAACAGCACAAAUCAUUUGUGAUUCAUCAUAAAAGUUGGUCACAUCACAUAUUUGUACAGCUGCUUGUUGCUAGGCAGAGUUGGUACAACUCAAUUAUAACUGCACUAUAGGCCCGUGGGGGGGAAGCUUAUGAAUCAUGUUCAUUUUUUUUUUGUCAGUGUGAAAUAUAAAAUACUGCAUAGUGAAGAAAAACAGUGCCCUCUGGAGGGACAAGCCUCUCACGGACAAAAUUAAUUCAGAAUAUAAACCACAAUUUAACUGCAGUAAUCCCCACUUCAUAAUUCGAAUUUUGCGGUUCCCCUUUAUGACAGGUUUUCAGUAAUGACACAAAACAUCGACAUUACUUUACAUUACAUUACCUUAACAUGGCAUGAAGUCAGCGAUGGCGUGUCCGACAUGAUAAGAGUGAAGAAUAGGUUCCCCCAUUCCGUGUGGAAGUUUUUGGCUUCUUAAGUUUAGAAGAAAUAAAUUCGAGGCUAACUCGCUAGCUUGCUAGCUAACUAGUGGCCGUCUGGAGUCCCUGCAGCAUACGAACUGAACAACGUGUUGUAAACAAACAAUAAUAGGAGUGUAAAGUUGACUAUAUGGGCGUUAUUUCAUGUCUGCUGGGCUCUAAUAAUGUUAAACACCAUAUUUAGAAAGUCUUAAAAAGGUUUUCUAUGCUCUAAGUACGAAAGUAUUGCAUUUAUUAACAUUGAAUCCUAUUAGGAAAUUCAUUUUUCAAGGUGGGGUCAGCAAUCAGUUACACGCCAAAACGAGGGAAGACUGUAAAUGGUUUUUUUCCCCUUAAGCUGCUGCUCCUCCAUGAAACCCCUGAGCCAAGCUGUCCUCGAACUACACAGAUGAUCGUCUAUAUUGUCUGUGAAGCAUUACUAAGUAACUUCCUGUUCAUGAUAAGUGGUGGGACCAACAUGGCUGACCAAUGUAAAGCAACCUUAUUGGGAUGUGAAAUGUACAAUUACACACACGUGACACUUCCUCUUGUGGCUUCUUCCAUUAUGCUACUUUUAUAUCAAGCUCUGUAAAGUGAGUGUUUUUUUUGGUUUUUUUUGCUCUGAGUGGUGCGUUUUCUUCCUAAUAGGAGAGAUUUGUCAGUAGGGAGUGUGUGUGGGUUCCUUGCACACUACGGUUCUUGUGUUGCUGCGUUGGCAUGAGUGGUUGUUGGAAUGAGGCUCGUGUGCACUGCAUGACAUUUCUUUCACAGUGCAGAGUAUUUAUGAUCUUCUCCAAGUUAAGUCAUAUUUGUACAUAUUCAUAUCUAACAAUGAUCUCUUUUUUUCCCAAUUUUUGAUAAAAUAAAGACAACCUGACAGA